AUGGCACCAUUCAGACCGUAUGGAGGAGACGAGGUCAGAGUCGUUAGUGACUUGUCUCGGUUCGACUUUCUGGGGUCACACCCCAAACUCCGCUCGAGAAAUACAACACCGACCAACGCCGAGGUCACCGAGUCCGAAUACUCGAGCAAGUUGACCAUUGACACUUAUAUCCCGCUUUACUCAUCAAGACUAGAUAACAAGCACCGGUACGAGCCUCUACGGAAGGACGAAAAAGAGCAUGGAGACAACAAGGCACAAAGGGAAGCGAUAGUGUUGCCCAAAAGACGACGAUCGGUUGAAAGGCCACCAGUUCCAAAACGCUCGGUUGGGGUCCAAGUGCCUCAGGACCAUAUCCCCCCGGCUCCAACGCCGCCACCGAAGGACACGAACCUACCAUCGCGGGCGAAUUCGAAACGCGAUUUUUUGCCCUAUCCAUCCUCCAUCACUGCAGUCGAGGGGAACCCUCGUCGAGUCCAGCUUCCUGCCAUGCCCCAGCCGUCGGAGUUAUACAGCAAGGGCAAUCAACAGUUUGACGAAGACGGGUCAAGCGUCUCGUCCAACCGCAGAAAGUUGGAACACGACUUGGUGAGGCAAGUAAUGAAUCGACCGCUCAUCUCGUUUCGCGCAGAUCGGUUCGGGCCCGAGUACCAUGGCAAAUUCAUCACCAUCGCCGCCAGUUUCUUUCUCUACUUGUUUGAAAUAUGCUGCAGCAUCAUUGAAAUCGUGCUUGCUUCGGUAUUGCUACGGCAAGACCGUGACGUGUCCGUUGGGAUAUACCGCUACUUUGUAGCUGAUGGCUCAAUCUCGUUGAUCAUCUCAUUGCUAUUUGCACUUCAAGUCAUCAAUUACGAAAAAAGAAAUGGCAGCUUCUAUUGUUUGGCAGCCACAAUCAUCAAAUUGGUUUCUUUCUUCUUGAUCAUUUCGUAUAUUUUCCCCUUGGCAACCUAUGCCACGCUGAAGAUCUGGCUGAUUAGAAGAGCCAAUGGGGCAUUCAUUAUAAUAUCAACGUUUCUUUGGGUGAUAAAUUUGGUCAUGUUUUCCACGACAUUGUACAUUUCGCGAUUGAACUUGUUGGAAGAGUUGAAUAUUGAUUAUUCUAGUAAAGGAGUAGACGGCACAUCGAGCAAGUCAAGGGGACAAGGCUACUGGAGUGAAAAGGACCACAAACCGCUUAAGGAAUACUACUUGAACGAGAACGGCGAGAUGUACGCAUUGAAUGAAGACUGGGAGAAAGAAGAGCAUAAAGACAAGAACAAAAUUUUGGUCUACACUUUCUAA